AUGGCUGUGGAAGCAAGGCGAGGGCCGGGCCCCCGAGGGGCCGCCGUCUGGGAGGCGGUGAUGUUUCUGUUGUGCUCGGGAGUCCCGACCGGGCGCUCCUACAACGUGGACACGGAGAGUGCGCUGCUCUACAAGGGACCCCCCAACACCCUGUUUGGCUACUCGGUGGUGCUGCACAGCCACGGGGAGAACCGAUGGCUCGUAGUCGGGGCGCCCACUGCCAACUGGCUCUCCAACACUUCAGUGGUCAAACCUGGGGCUGUUUACAGAUGCAAGAUUGGGAAGAAUCCAGCCAGGACCUGUGAACAGCUCCAGCUAGGUAGCCCUUUUGGAGAUCCUUGUGGAAAGACUUGCCUGGAAGAAAGAGAUAAUCAAUGGCUGGGGGUCACGCUUUCCAGACAGCCUGGAGAAAACGGCUCCAUUGUGACUUGUGGGCAUAGAUGGAAAAAUAUAUUUUACAUAAGGACUGAGUCUAAGCUCCCCACGGGUGUUUGCUAUGGAAUGCCUUCUGAUUUACGAACAGAACUGAGUAAAAGAAUAGCUCCAUGCUAUCAAGAUUUUGUGAAACAAUUUGGAGAGACUUUUGCGUCAUGUCAAGCUGGAAUAUCUAGUUUUUACACAGAGGAUUUAAUUGUGAUGGGAGCUCCAGGAUCAUUCUAUUGGACUGGCUCUCUUUUUGUAUACAAUAUGACUACAAAUAAAUACAAGGCUUUCUUAGACAAACACAACCAAGUAAAAUUUGGAAGUUAUUUAGGCUAUUCAGUUGGAGCUGGUCAUUUUCGCAGUCAGCACAGUACUGAGGUAGUUGGAGGAGCCCCUCAACAUGAACAGAUUGGUAAAGCUUACAUAUUCAGCAUUGAUGCAAAAGAACUAAAUAUCUUACAUGAAAUGAAAGGUAAAAAGCUUGGGUCUUAUUUUGGAGCAUCUAUCUGUGCCGUGGACCUCAACGCAGAUGGCUUCUCAGACCUACUCGUGGGAGCUCCCAUGCAGAGCACCAUCAGGGAAGAAGGAAGAGUGUUUGUGUACAUCAACUCUGGUUCCGGAGCAGUAAUGAACGAAAUGGAAACAGAGCUCAUUGGAAGUGACAAAUACGCUGCACGAUUCGGGGAAUCUAUAGUCAGUCUUGGCGACAUUGAUAAUGAUGGCUUUGAAGAUGUUGCUAUUGGAGCCCCACAGGAGGAUGACUUGCAAGGUGCGAUUUAUAUUUACAAUGGCCGAGUAGAUGGGAUCUCAACAACCUUCUCACAGAGAAUUGAAGGACGUCAAAUCAGUAAAUCAUUAAGUAUGUUUGGACAGUCUAUAUCUGGACAAAUUGAUGCAGAUAACAAUGGAUAUCUAGAUGUAGCAGUUGGUGCUUUUCGGUCUGAUUCUGCUGUGUUGCUAAGGACAAGACCUGUAGUGAUUGUUGAAGCUUCUUUGAACCAUCCCGAGUCAGUAAAUAGAACAAAUUUUGACUGUAUUGAAAAUGGAUUGCCCUCUGUGUGCAUGGAUCUGACACUCUGUUUCUCAUAUAAGGGCAAAGAGGUUCCGGGUUAUAUUGUUUUGCUUUAUAACAUGAGCCUGGAUGUGAACCGAAAGGCAGAGUCUCCAUCGAGAUUUUACUUUUCUUCCAAUGGAACUCAUGAUGUGAUUACAAGAAGCAUGAAAGUACAGAGCAAAGCAACUAGCUGCAAAACACAUCGAGCAUUUAUGCGGAAGGAUGUACGGGACAUCCUCACCCCAAUUCAGAUUGAAGCCACUUACCACCUGGGACAUCAUGUCAUCAGUAAACGAAGUAUAGAGGAAUUCCCUCCACUUCAGCCAAUUCUUCAGCAGAAGAAAGAAAAAGACAUAAUUGAGAAAACAAUAAACUUUGCCAGAUUUUGUGCCCAUGAAAACUGUACUGCUGAUUUACAGGUUUCUGCAAAAAUUGGAUUUUUGAAACCACAUGAAAAUAAAACCUAUCUUGCUGUUGGAAGUAUGAAGACAUUGAUGUUGAACGUGUCUUUAUUUAAUGCUGGAGAUGAUGCGUAUGAGACAACUCUGCAUAUCAAGCUCCCCACCGGUCUUUACUUCAUUAAGAUUUUAGAUCUGGAAGAGAAACAAAUAAACUGUGAAGUGACAGACGGCUCCGGCAUAGUGAGACUUGACUGCAGGGUUGGCUAUAUAUAUGUAGAUCACCUAUCAAAGACAGAUGUUAGCUUUCUUCUGGAUGCCAGCUCACUCAGCAGAGCAGAAGAGGAUCUCAACAUCACAGUACAUGCCGCCUGUGAAAAUGAAGGGGAAACAGGCGAUGUCAAGCAUAAUAAGGUGACUGUGACAAUACCUCUUAAGUAUGAAGUCAUGCUAACAGUUCAUGGGUUUGUAAGUCCAGCUUCAUUUAUGUAUGGACCAAAGGAGGAAGAUGAGUUUGAAAUGUGCAUGACAGAGAAAAUGAACUUCACUUUCCACGUCAUCAACACCGGCCAAAGCAUGGCUCCAAAUAUUAGUGUGGAAAUAAUGAUACCAAAUUCUUUUAGUCCCCGAACCGAUAAGCUGUUCAACGUUUUGGAUGUCCAGACUACUGCUGGAGAAUGCCAUUUUAAGAAUUAUCAAAGAAAGUGUGCAUUAGACCAGCAAAAAGGCACAAUGGAGACCCUUAAAGAUAUAUUCAGAUUUCUGUCAAAGACUGAUAAGAGGCUCCUGUACUGCAUGAAAGCUGAUCCGUAUUGCUUAGAUAUCUCAUGCCAUUUUGGGAAAAUGGACGGUGGAAAAGAAGCCAGUGUUCACAUUCAGUUGGAAGGUCGGCCAUCCAUUUUAGAAAUGGAUGAGACUAGAGCGCUGAAGUUUGAAAUAAGAGCAACAGCUUUUCCGGAGCCAAAUCCCAAAGUUAUUGAAUUAAAGAAGGAUGAGAAUGUUGCACAUGUUCUCCUCGAAGGACUACAUCAUCAAAGACCCAGACGCCAUUUCACUAUAAUGAUUAUUUCAAGUAGCUUGCUCCUUGGACUUAUUUUACUUUUCCUCAUUUCUUAUGUUAUGUGGAAGGCUGGCUUCUUCAAAAGACAGUACAAAUCUAUCCUACAAGAAGAAAACAGAAGAGACAGUUGGAGUUACAUUAACAGUAAAAGUGAUAAAGAUGAGUGA